AACCCUUUCUGCAUGGAAUUAUGACGCUCGGGUGGAGUCUCCAGCCGCUGCUGCUUCGUCAGAUCGUCCGGAAACGUUAUUCUGUGCUGUUACCGCUGCCACAGCUCAGAGGUUCCCCCGCUCGCCUUGCUCCUUCUCUCCACCUCUCUGCGCCGCGGCACAGAACGGCCGGAGUAAACAUGGAUCUAGAAGCAGCGGCGGCGGCGGCAGCUUGUGCGCCCCGCGCCCCAGCUUCUGGCGCGCAAAAACGGAUCGACUACACCGGAUUGCCGAAAGUUGAGUUGCACGUACACAUGGAUGGAGCUUGUCGCGUUGACACACUUCGCAAGUUGUCACGGCAACACCAAUUGGAUUAUCCCCAUGACGACGAGGAAGAGUUCAAGAAGCGGAUAAUGCUCCUAUCGCCAGCGACCUCACUGGCCCAGUUCCUGGAGGUGUUCGGAGCCAUUGGUGAUAUCCUGUGUACGAAGGAAGCGGUGGAGAGAGUGGCGUAUGAGUACUGCGAGGAGCUCGGGAGGCAGAACGUCGUCUAUUUCGAGUUGCGCCACAAUCCAAUGGGAAAAAAGAUGGAACCCGAGCAGUAUGUGGAGGGGGUGAUGGCCGGACUGGAGAGGGGAGAGAAAGAUUUCGGGGUUAAAUCUCGGCAAAUUCUGAUCUUCAUAAGAGGAAAACCUGAGGAUGCUGAUAAAGUCCUCGAGCUGGCUCUGAAGUACCGACCACGUGGGGUGGUAGGAGUCGACAUCGCUGGAAAUGAGCUUCUUCCACUAGACCCGAUACAAACGCAGGCUCUCCUCGCAGCUCGAGCUAAUGGUCUCCAUCUCACCAUGCACGCCGGAGAGUCAGGUCCUCCUGAUAAUGUUAGACAGGCAAUUGAAGAGUUUGGAGCUGAAAGAAUCGGCCAUGGGUACAGAGUUCUUGAGGACGAAGCUAUCUACAAACUCGCCAGGGAAAAGAAUGUUCACUUUGAGGCCUGCCUGACUUCCAGUAUCUUCACAAACUCGCAAAAGGAGCUGGAAUCGCAUGCGGUGAAGAGGUGGGCUCUAGAUGGAACCAGUUUCUCUCUCAGUACUGACGACCCGGGAGUCAUCGGCAACGACCUGCUGACAGAGUACAGAGCGGCCAGUCAGGAGGUGGGGCUGACGAAAGAGCAGCUGGUAAAAUCAGUGUUAGAUGGAGUGGCAGCUGCAUUUUUGCCUGGCAACGAGAAGGAACAGUUGCUAAGGAAGGUGAAAGCAGGCAUUGCAGAAUGGGAAAAGUCAAUAUUAUUCUAGUUGAACUGCUUUCGUAUAAAUCAUAAUUAGUUUGUAAAAGUAGUUUUUGUUAACUGCUUAGGAUCUGGAAUAGUGUUUUUUAUCAUAGUUUUGAUUCAAAUUUUUUAAA